UCUCUCUCUCAAUUCUCUCUCCGGCGAUACAUACACACAUCCGUCGAUAUGCAAGCCAUGCUUCUCAAAGCAGCUUCGGCUUUUCCUCUGUUGAAUUCCCAUGGGGAUCAUCUGAGUCCCCUGUUUUCCUCUGCUUCGUCGCUGAAAGGUCUUCCGGCCAAGGCCGGAAAUGGAAAUGCGCUCGUGGUUUGUGCUUCCAAGGGCUCGAACAACAAGCCGUUGACCGGCGUUAUUUUUGAGCCGUUUGAGGAAGUGAAGAAGGAGCUCAGUAUGGUGCCGAGUGGCCCUCAGACUUCUCUUUGCCGCCAGAAGUUCGUCGACGACUGUGAAGCUGCCAUCAACGAACAGAUCAAUGUUGAGUACAAUGUUUCGUAUGUUUACCAUGCGAUGUAUGCUUAUUUCGAUAGGGACAACGUCGCUCUCAAGGGUCUUGCCAAGUUUUUCAAGGAAUCUAGCGAAGAGGAAAGAGACCAUGCUGAGAAACUGAUGGAAUAUCAGAACAAACGAGGUGGAAAAGUUAAGCUGCAGUGUAUUGUGAUGCCUCUCUCUGAGUUUGAUGAUGCUGAGAAGGGAGAUGCAUUGUAUGCCAUGGAGCUUGCACUUUCCUUGGAGAAGUUGACUAACGAGAAGCUUCUAAAUUUGCAUGCUGUGGCUGAUCGAAAUAAUGAUGUUCAUUUGGCUGACUAUGUUGAAGGCGAGUUCCUACAGGAGCAGGUGGAAUCAAUCAGGAAGAUAUCUGAGUAUGUGGCCCAGUUGAGAAGAGUGGGCAAAGGACAUGGCGUGUGGCACUUCGACCAGAUGCUCCUCAACGGGGAAGCAGUAGCUGCGUGAUAGGAGAAAGUUAACAUUAAUUUGACUUUCUGAAUUGCUUGUUCCUCCCGGAGAAUGAUGAUUUGCUCCCCAUGAUGGUACUAGAGAUCUUGGAUGUUUAGUUUCAGAAGCUUGUGAGAAAUGCUUAUUAGGGAGACUAGUCUAGUCAAUUAGUUUUGAGUUUCUAUCAUGUUUUGAGUGAGUUGGCUUCUUGCCUAGCUUGCUUCGACUCUUUGUGGUGUAGCUCAAUUUGGAAAAGUACCAAUCAAGCUCUUCUUCUUCUUCUUC